CACCAUAAACCCCUUCUUCUCCUCCAAUUCAUUUUACCAAAACCCUAACUCUCUGUAAAAAUGGGUAGCAAUCAAGCAGCAUUAUCGUUUCUCAAAUAUCUUGCAAUAGGCGCAGCUGGGAUCGGCGCCGGAGCAGCAGCUCUCAACUCCUCCUUGUACACUGUUGACGGCGGCCAACGAGCCGUACUUUUCGACCGCUUCAAAGGAAUCAUCGACGAUGUUGUUGGUGAAGGGACUCAUUUCUUAGUCCCAUGGGUUCAAAAACCCUUCAUCUUCGAUAUCCGCACAAAACCUCACACGUUCUCCUCUUUCUCCGGUACAAAAGAUCUCCAGAUGGUCCAUCUUACCCUCCGUGUUCUCUCUCGCCCAGAAGUUUCGCGUCUUCCAAAGAUCUUCAAAACCCUGGGUCUCGAGUAUGAUGAGAAGGUCCUUCCUUCCAUCGGCAAUGAAGUUCUCAAAUCUGUCGUGGCACAAUUCAACGCGGAUCAGCUACUCACUGAGCGUCCACAGGUGUCUGCAUUAGUUCGUGAAAGUUUGAUUCGUCGUGCAAAGGAUUUCGACAUUGAGCUUGAUGAUGUGGCGAUAACACAUUUAUCAUAUGGUGCUGAAUUCUCUAAGGCUGUGGAAAAGAAGCAGGUUGCCCAGCAGGAGGCAGAGCGGUCAAAGUUUGUUGUGAUGAAGGCUGAGCAAGAGCGGAGGGCUGCAAUUAUUAGGGCUGAAGGAGAAAGUGAGUCUGCUAAGUUGAUUUCUGAUGCAACUGCAGCUGCUGGUAUGGGUUUGAUUGAGCUUAGGAGGAUCGAGGCUUCGAGGGAGAUUGCUUCGACCUUAGCUAAGACUCCCAAUGUGUCUUACUUGCCCAAACAGAACAUGCUACUGGGAUUGAAUGCAACACGUUGAUUAGGUAAUUAGGUUUGGUAUCUGUCAUUCACGUCUAGUUUUUGAUAUAAACGCAUUGCUCUCUGAAGUUGAAUAUUGUGAAGUUGAUAUAGUACAAUCUAAUUGUGUGAGUAGUUACUGCACAAAUCUGUGCCGAAUUGGGAAAUGAUGAAAUACAGAAGUGGGAAUUAAGAGCAAAAAGGUUUUCUAACUGCCAAAUGUAUGCCUUUUGUUUUCACCAUUUCUGAAGUAACCUCGAUGAUUUGUUUAUUAUCUUAAUGUAUGCAUUGUGUGUCAAAUCUUGGAAUCAAUCCGUCAAUAGUGUAGUUGUUGCACUGUUUACUAAACACAGUGAUUUUAUCAUCUGAUGUAAAGUCUACUCAGAAUCAUCUGUAAAUGCUAUCAGAUGAAACCGAGUUUAUGAAUUAGUAUAACUGUUAUUCA